AUGCAUGUAUCAAGUUCAACCAUACCCAAAGAAGGUUUUGAAGAUAUAAAUAAAUUAUAUGCAUUUAAAAAAAUUGAUAAAAAUGAUAAUAUCUAUAAAAAUUACACUCAUUGUAGUCACGCCAUGAUUUACGCUACGACUUCCACUAAAUCUUUACAAAUUUACGAUCGAAAAGCAAUUAUUUUGAUGCAAAUGAGAUUUGAUGGAUUAUUAGGAUUUCCAGGUGGGGGUGUAGAUGAUGGUGAAUCACCAACGGAAGCUGUCAAUAGGGAAUUAAGAGAAGAAGUAGGUUGGAUUGAAGAUGUUGGUCCUGUCAUGGAUUCUCAUUAUCAAUUUACACAUGUCGACGAAUAUAAUAAAUUAGUUUUACAUUUUUAUGCAAUCGAAGUUAGCGAAACUAAAAUAUUCGAUAUAGAAAAAAAUUCAUAUAGGGCAAAAGAUUUCGGUGAAGAAGUUUUAGGAAAUUUUAGGGUUCCUUUAUAUACAAUGUCAGAUUCUUACAGGGGUUUACCAGCUUUUUUAAAAAAUAGUUUUGUAGGAAAUGCUAAAACUCAACUUAUUGAAUCUUUAAUUAAUCUUAAAAUAUUACCCGCGGAAAAUGUAUUUCAAGCUUUGCUAACUCAAUCAAAUCAAUAA